GACUAAAAGCCAGGCCCCAUACCGCUUGAAAUACAAGAUGCUGCAGGAGGAAGGAAGUCGUGGACGGAGGAAGCUAUCUGCGCUAAUUCUACGAAUUCUGACACAAAGUCCCCGCGUCACGUUUACAUGAUCUGACAAGUCAAAAGACCUCCACUCCGAUGAUUAUUUGACUUUGGGUACCGCGGAAACCUUUGCUGCGUUUACGAAGUUCACGAGUCAAGUCGCGCCAGAGUCGAAGCGAAGAACUGCCGUCGGCCCGUCCAUCAACUCCCGUCGACCUCGAUACCGAGCCAGCGAUAGCGGACGCCCGAUCGAGCCCGGAAGUUGACCGUGUCCAGGCCCGUUCAGUCACAAGUCGUGAGCCGUGACUCUUCCCGUCGUUUGCUAGAAAGACGCACCGCUAUUCUCGGUUACCUCCAACCCGGUCCUACGAGUCUACGACUCGGCAGCCUUGCCUAUCCUCCGGUUUCCUUCUCGCUUCUCGCUGGACCACUCUCCGGCUAACGGUGGGGCCGAAGUUAGUGCCCUGCCAAAUGGCUAUCGAGACGGAGUGAUGGGGUGAUGGGCCCAUCCGUCCAUCCAGCGUUCGACUUCUGCCUCAGCAACGUCUUCCUGUGCUUCGAUUGGAGUACAAUCUCUCCCCUCGCUUCUCGGUCUCCUUACUCGUGGGGCUCCUCCAUUAGCCUUUUACCGUUGAGAGUGUACAUUCCUCGUCGUGGCGGACAUUAAGUAUGCUAAAAAAGUGAGGUGGUGGUAACGUUCAAUUGGUGGCCUCCACAUGAUAAGACGGUUGACGCUGAUGCUGAGAUGGAUUGGAGAAAAGCACUCGUGCUUCAAACAAGGGCCUCCGGAGUACGAGGCUGGCUGACCGGCUGACCUGGUUGGCGACGGGGGGAGGAUAGCUGGAGAGCAUGACCUAGGCAACGUUGCGAGUGUAUCCACGCUCCGGGCGCCAAAGUCUGACUUAUCUGAUCGCUUCAAAUCUUCGCUGACUCCUGGACAGCAAACGGCCUUUCUCGGGUAAGUUCGAUUCAUGUCUUCAUUUAGAACCGAACGCUUCCGAGCUCUGGUUCAGCUGCGGUAGCCUCGUUCAUCAGCGGGCUCUAAUGAUUGGAGGAAAGUAGCGAGCCAGAUUCGGGCAACAUCAGCUGGGAGCUUGCGAAGUGUCGAGCGCCCUUUGGUUGCCAGUCGGACGUUCCUACCAUCCGAACGUGUGCUCGCUCUCCAUCGGAGAUACAUUCAUCGGACACAGUUCUUUCUUUCUACUUUUGGAAGCUUUCUGGAUGAAGGAAUAUCGUCUUCGGCCAUUUCAACUGGUGUGGUUACCGAUGCAUGCGGUCGACUUUCUGUCCACAAGCGGAGGGAGCUCUUCCUGCCGCGACACUUCACGUACUCCUCACUGUACAGUACACGAUCGGGACGGUAUCAUGGUAGACUCCUGUGGACAAGAGCGCCACAGUACACAGUCGUUGUCUUACGGAGUACUUCUGUAACGUGGUUCUCUUGAGAAGGUUUCUUUGGGCAUCGAAUUGGAGUCCCUUCGAGAGCUGUUCCUUAUAGUUUCCAUGUAUAUUUCACAAUUGACGUUGGUCACCAUGGGCGUAUGAAACUCAUCUCGCUUCCAAACUGUACGAGAGUGGAAGCAUCGCCUCUGUGCUGCACGGUCAACUGGACUUUGAUAGAUCACACAAGCAGCUCAGGUCGAAGAGGGUGCAUCACACGUACGCAAUUCUCAAGCUUCUAAGCGGUCGUGGGGAUGAGCUUCUUUCCGAUGCUGGCAAAAUGUAUUCACUGGGCUGUAUGAUUAUCACGUGGGGUUCGGAAGUCUGUUGCUACUAUAGACGGUAUUGCUUCGAUAUUUCUGGCACAGUUUCUCAAGGGGGUCCGUCUCGACUAAAAUAUCAACGGAUACUGCUCGCUUUGAAUUCUCUUGCAAUGAGGGAACACUUGAACGACCAAGAGUAUAUUUCAACUGUUAUGCCUCAUUGCGAUCAGCUCAGAUCAGAGGUCGGCUUCGUCCGUCGUGAAUCCAGAGAGGAGACACAUUUGGCGGAUCACCAACAUACCUGGGGUCAAGUGGAAGGUUGAAAUAUGCACCGUCCCGUUCCAAACGGAAAACAUUUUAGAAAUUAGAAUUGCUGCCAUGUCGGAAGUUCAAGUGUGACGAUUGGAGAGGAAGCUGGGCAAAAGUAAUUUAUGAGAAUGAAAUGUCCCAUCCUGCUGUCAAAAGCUUGACUUACUCGUUUACUUUCGUUUACUCGGGAAAGACAAUUUAGCAGAAAAGAAUCCACGCUGUAGAUCGCAGUUACUCGGAGGUGGUUCGUUGUCGAUUCUUCGAAGUUCGAAUGACCAAUGAAAAAAAGAAAAUCAGCGCUUGUUUCUAGAAGGAAAGGAAAAGUUAAAGGGGUUGAAUUUGCGAUUAUGUGACGAUGUUUAGCGCGAGAAUGGUGGAGGCAUUGAUUGGACUCUUUGUAGGUGGCAAGUCUUAUCUAACCGAG